AAGAUCCAAAACAGACACGACUCAUCAGUCGUAUCCAUCAAAGCAUCCAUUGCACAAGCGUCAACAAAGCAACAGCCUUCGCUUCUCACUCGCUCACACUAACUAACUAAACAGCAUAAGAAACAAAUACAAGAUAAACAGAUAAACAGAAAGAUAGAUAACGAUGGACCCCCCGGAAUGCAGCGGCCACUCUCACGACCAUGGCGAUCACACGGACGACUUGGGGUUAUCACUGCGUCCUCAAAUGGAUUUGGAUCGCGUGCAAUGUUUGAACGAAGAAGUGGCGAAUGCCGGACGCUCGAUUCUCAAGUUGCACGAAGAACGUCUCUCGACACGCCCUAGUUUGACUUCCCCCGAAGACGAUCCCGAAUUGCUCUUGACGAUUCCCUUUACCGAAGCCGUCUCGUGCCAGACCAUAUCCAUUCACAGUCUGGGUAAUACUGCCGGGGUAGCAGCACCACGGAUCGUCAAGUUGUUUGCCGAGCGAGAGAAUCUGGAUUUUGAUACGGCGCGGGAAUUGGAACCCUCCAUGACAUUGGAACUCUUGCCGCCCCAUCACAUGCCCGAAUUAGGAACCAUUGAUUAUCCCUUGCGACCGGCGGGUAGAUUUCAAAACAUUUCCACAUUGACCAUUUUUGUCGAAUCCAACUACGACGACAAUGGCGAAGCGGGAACCGAAAUCACCUAUGUGGGCAUCAAAGGCAAGGGAACCAAAAUGAAACGAAAAGCUGUCGAUUGUGUCUAUGAAUCACAAGGAAUGCCUAAAGAUCACAAAGUACCGGGAGGGGAGUUUGGUAAUACCGAUGUCGUUCCAGAGUAGCUUGCAAAUACAUCACUACACCAUGCACAACCUGAGAAGUAGCCAUUUGCUUGCUAUCUUACCUUACGUGUGUGCACUGUGGAGACAGGUUGAAUUGCAACUAGCUUGAGCUAGCUAGCUAGAGAUGCAGGCCAGACUAACCAGUGCCGUAGUCUAAUCUAUACAUCUAUAGUCUAUCUGC